UUAACCAUUUCAACGAUGGAAAGUGAAGUGUGUCAAUUUUAUGAAAAACGUUCAGUUCUAGUUACCGGUGGCACUGGUUUGAUUGGGAAAUGCUUGGUCUACAAUUUGCUCGCCAAUUGUCCUGAUGUCGGUACUAUAUAUCUUUUGCUAAGAAAAAAGCGUGAAUUUAGUUUUGAUCAGAGACGUGAACGUUAUCUUAAUUAUGAUAUUUUUAAAAAUCUUAAAACACCCAAUCUAUUGAAUAAAUUAGUUUUCAUUGAAGGUGCUGUUGAUGCCAAAAAUUUAGGUCUAUCAAAUGAUAUUUUGUCGAAGGUUACAGCAGAAGUCUCAAUUUUGUUCCAUUCCGCUGCUUCAGUUGGACUGGAAGCUGGUUACAAAGGAGCCGAACAAGCUGCCAAUUCCAAUCUCCGUGGAACCAUGAAUGUCCUCGAAUUAUGUCGUUCAAUGACGAACUUGGCCUGUUUAGUUUAUGUUUCAACGGCAACAGCUUACCACUUCAAGUCUCUCAUUGAAGAAAAAAUCUAUCCAGUCCCAUGCACACCGGAACAAUUUUUAUCAGUCAUGGAAUCAGGUGAUGCUAAGGCUAUCGAUAAAUUUUUACGUGAAGACAUGAAAAUGUUUCCAAAUGCUUAUACAUUAACUAAAGCCUUGUCUGAAAAUUUAUGCCAAGCUGAGAAUAGCAAUAUUCCUAUUUGUAUUGUGAGACCACCAAUAGUGUCCAGUUCUGUAGCUACUCCGGUUCCUGGUUGGACCAAUAAAAUGCAAGCCUUUAAUGCUAUGAUUCUUCUUUGGGUCAUGGGCUUGAGUCGUUGUUUAACCUGGGACCCUGACACCCGAAUCGAGGUGGCUCCAGUUGAUUAUGUUUGCAAUGUAAUGAUCACGGCUGCCUGGUUUACUGGACAAAAAAGGCCUGUAGACACUGUUCCAGUGUAUAAUGUGGUCCCUUCGGAGGACAAUUCAGUUACAUGGAGAAAACUAUUAGAAUACUCACUAGACGUUGUCUUUGAAUCGCCCAGCAUUAAAGCAAUUCGAUGGCCUGGAAGACAAAUGAUUUCACCCAAGACACCAUUUAAAUUUUUAUAUUCCAUUAUAUUUCAACACAUUAUUUUUGCCAUCUUUUCCGAUUUAUUUCUGAUUUGCACUGGUAGCUCACCUCAAAUUUGUGCGCUUAUGAUCAAGAUGGUGAAUACAAUUAAAUCAGUGCGAUGGUUUUUAACUAAAGACUGGCAUUACAUCAACACAAAUUAUUUGGCUUUAACGGACCAUCUUAAUGAACAUGAUAGGAAAUUAUUUCCAAUGAGUAUGAAAAAUAUGGACUGGAAAUCUUAUAUACAUACUGGUUAUUAUGGUAUCAGGAAGUUUGUUUUACAUGAAGAUGACGAUAACACGAAAGCUGCUAUUGGCCGAUUGAGAAGACUAACAAUGAUAACCAAUGGAGCAGUUAUAUUUGCUUUCCUCAUGAUCAUCUCUAUGUGUUUUACUUUAUUUUUGUUUCUUCAAUACACUAUUUUGAUUCACGGUCGCUACUAAAAAGACGCAAUUAACUCGAUUUUGCACAAAUCAACACAAAUACCGAAAGAAAACUAAACUUGAUUUAUAAAGUUGAAUGAUGGAUUAGACAAAUCUUGUGCGUUAGAAGGAUAUUCAUCAUUAUACGAACUCAAAUUUUAUUCUGUAUUAUGUCAUAAUGUCUUGUAGCCCAUAAUAAAAUCUAAUGAAAGAAU